AUGGCGGGAGGGUACAACAACAACAGCGACGACGAGGACGAAGCACGUCGCCUAAUCGCCGAGGUUAGAGAGGAGGUGCUGCAGCAACAACGUGAAGAAGCAACCCACCAGUUUGUGUCCGUGAAGAAGUUGCGAUCGUUUGCAAGAACAGAAUCCCGUCCCACAACCCAAAACGUGUCGGCUAUCAUGGUCGUGGAGUCCAUUUCACGUCUUGAUAACAAUCGCGGAACGCGUCUUGGUCUAGUGGAUGGUUUCAUGAAAAACCAUCUCAAGGGAUAUAUCAACAUCCUCGACAAAAACGACCUACGUGACGCCCGAGUGUUCAAACGGACGGUUUGGGACCCUAACAACCGCUCUACUGGAAGGACUCGCUUCGAGGUGGGGAACCUGUACAAGUUCAGGAAAAUCCAUUCGCUGUCAUUUUACCACGAGUUGCUGCAGGGAUGCCUGCAGUCUGUCGCUGCUACGAACCCUGGCCUCAUCGAAGAAUUUCCUGACUUUGACUCUGCAAAGCGCGCGCUUGGCCGAUCAAGGUGGCUCUCAUGA